AUGCCGGCAGCCAACAUGAUGGAGAACCUGCAGCUGCCCGCCCUGCAGGUGCCUGAGGCGCAGGGCGCACCGGAGGGCGGCCCGGCGUGGUCCAGCUCGUCCACUCCAACGCUGCGCCGCCGGCGCUUCAAGAUGCGCCGCACCAAAAACGUGCAGGAGCAGAGCCUGGAAACCGGGCUAAGUCGGGACCUGCCGGGGAAGGAGUUCCUGCAGCUGCCUUCCAUCGAGAUCACUCCGUCCAGCGACGAGGACACGCCGUGGUCCAACUGUUCCACGCCCAGCGCGUCCCCGCGGCGAAAGCGCUUUCUUCUGCGCAAGUGGCUGCGGGUGAGGGAGCGCAAGGAGUGCAGCGACAGCAGAAGGCUGCUUAGCAGCGCACAACCCACUGCCCGGCAGCGCCCCAAGCUGCAGCCGAAGGUGGAACUGAGCUGCCUGCGAUUGAGAAAGAACCUAACGGUUUCCUUCCCCAUGUCUCUCCACAGUAGCCAGCAGAGCAGCCAGCAGAGUAGCCACGAUGAUGAUUCCAGCAGGUUCCUGAGUCCCAGGGGGCGCGAGGAAAGCUUCGUGGGCCCCUCCUGGGAUGACGGCAAUGUUUCACCCUCACCAUGGGCACCUCAGACCCUCGUGGAGAGUAUGGACACUGAGGAGCAUUCUGAUCAGAGCUUUGCUUCCAGUUCCCAAUCCUGUGGACUCAAUUUCUAG